AAUAAGAUUGUUGAAAAAAAGGCAAUAUGGAGACCCGAAAUGUAAACUACGAGAUUCCUGGACCAAGAAGAUACAACAUAAACUUCCAAGAAAUCUGUAAUUGGCUGGGAAUUUUAAUGUACGAUUAUGGCAAUUGGUUUCUAUCGAAAUUAAAUGAAUUUAACCGGCUUUACUUGCAAAGAGUAUGCAAUUUUCAAUUAACUCCUUCCGCCGAUUCGAAUUCUUUGGAGAAGAUUAGCCAAACAAGAGAUUGGAAAAAUGCGACUGUUCGUUGCAUUGAAUUUCAUCCAAACUGCGUGAUGAUGGCAGUUGUAACCAACAAGGACACCGUUCUAAUUUAUGACGAGAAGUGUGGCUCACCUGCAAGCCUCCAAUCCUUCCAGCAAAAGGACAUAGCCUGUGCUUCGUUUCGUCCUUGGUCGCAAGGAUGCGAAUUGGCUGUGGGAUGUUCAAUGGGAAUUUUCUUAUGGCGACAAACUCGACACUCCAAUGGAGCUCAUAACAUUCGCCAUAUGAUGGGACCCCACAACUUGGAGAUCCUGCAGGACGAAGGACACACCUAUGUGACUUGCCUGCAGUGGAAUGAGGAUGGAACCAUCCUGUUAAGUGCCGCCUUGGGAUCCUCAAAUAUUGUAAUGUGGGAACCGGAUCGUCGGGAAAAGAUUCAUUUAUUUCCAGUUUUUAGUAGAGUGAGUUCCAUUUCCCUGCUGCGUUUUAGUCCCGACUUCCUGUUUUGCGCAUCCUGCGAGGAAGGUGGCGUUUUUUGUCUUAUGAAUAGGAGUAAGCCAUGGAAAUCGGAAGAGGUCCUUCAGCAGGGUCACAUUCAAACGGCUGUCUGGACAAUUUGCAGCAAAUAUCUGCUGUUUGCAAAGGAAGGCGACACUCAAGUUUAUUCAUUGACCAACGAUGCGGAGGCUUCUAUUUUCCUCUGCCCCAAACUUAAUUGGAUUCAAGAAACUCUGAUAGAUCUGCAUGUUGUCACCACUUGUUCUGGUCAGCAAAGGAUUUGCGGAGAGCCCCAGAGCUUCGCAAUGGAUCCUUUGGGCAUCUACAUGGCGGUCCUUUUCAAGGAGCAAUCCUUUGUGCUUCUCUGCCUUUUGGUCAACAAGCGACAGGGUUCACUGAAAAUACUUCCCAUUGAAUUUAUUACUUGCGAUGCGGGUGGCGAUCAAUAUCCAACUUGCAUUGGAUUUGGGAAAUCACGAAAAGAGGAUCCGGAGAUUCGCUGUUUAAUGAUUGGCUGGAAUAUGGGGCAUCUUCAGCGAUAUUUUGUGACUACAGAAAGCUUACAGGAAACCAAAAAGAUUCAUAACAUACAAUUUAAAGGAAACCCAAAGGAAAGGGGAACGUUUUAUUACAAGUAAAUAUACGAAAUCAAAAACA